AUGGCUUCCCAUCGCAUGCUACGUUUGUGCAACGACGCAUUGGAUUCUGUAAAUCCUGAUGAUGUCGAUGAUGUUCGUUCUAUUUGGGCCGCUCUCUCCAAAGCGAAAGACGCGAUCGAGGACGGCAAACGUUUAGAAUACCUCAGCUGGCGCCUGUACUCGCAAAAGGUUUUACCAAGAACCAUGCUUGCUGCACCACUAUCUGAGGAAACAGUCAAGUCUCCUCGUCUCCGGGAAUCUACUUCAACUGCUUCAUUCUCAUCGCCACCCAUGCUUGACGCCAGUUCAAGCUCUGAGUCGAUCGAGAGCUGCCGUACUCGCCCUAAUUCGAGUAUCAAGCGUCUGUCGCAGCUAUUCCAGCCCCCACAAGAAAAGUUGGAGCUUGCCCAACUGCACACACCCGAAAACAUCCCCAAAAUUAAAGCGCCGCUACCCAGGGUUCCCAGCGCGGCUUCUAUCGCCUAUUCUCGGAGUGUUCUAAAUAUGGCAUCAUCCCAUACGCCGACACCGCAACAGGUGAGUGGCAGUACAAACACACCACUCAAAAUACAAGACUCAGCAUCGGAUUCAGGAAGAAGCGAGCUUGCGCGCUCCGUGAACUUCCAGGAAACCCCAUCUUCGUAUGUCCAGCAGCGGGGGCGUUCCUCCGAACCAGAUAUGGCCCAAUCAGCAACCCGCGCAGUGAGAGGCUUUUCGCCAUCCAAUAUUUCGGUUGCGAUCAACUACAGCAGUCAAAGCCUUGCUGCGCAGAGUAAUUCCAGUCUGAAGAGGAAUAAUUCCGGCCAGUCAUCACCAUCCCUACACAAGGAAGAAGGCUCUAGCAAACUAGGCUGGAGCAAAGCAUCUAUUCCUAGAGGCAGAAUGUUCUUCAUUGAAAGCUCUACGGAUUCUGAAGUCGGUUCCGCCUCUUCAGUCGAGUCUAUCUUGAAUGACGAUCAAAAACUGUCGUCGUCUCAGCGCUCUUCGCGAAGCCAUAAAGUUACAUUUGCACACGUGAGUGGCGAUGAGGAAAGUGAGGGAAGCAUUCACUACUAUCAUACGGAUGACGACUAUGAAGAUGAAGCCGACGACUCAGAAUGGGACGAUCUUGACGAAGAAGAAGACGAAACUGUUGAUCCUCAAGCUGUAGAGGAGCUCAGUUUCGACGAACGCGAGGUGCCGAUGCGCCCAGCAGUUACGAGAUCUCAUCUUUCUUCACUAUUUUUGAAAAAACUACAAAACGCUGAUACGCCAGUUGAGUCGCCAACGAACUCCCCUAAGAACGAAGUGGCGGUACCAGCAAACAUUUUGUUGAAUGCUCAAGUCGCCAAUCACUACCCAUUGCAAAACGGAACAAAUAACCAGGCCUUGGCUGAGGAGUCUGAAGAUUAUUUUGGAAAUGUUGACGAGCAAGAACUUUCUCAGUCUGUCCGAGAUAAUCUCAAGAUGAGUCGCGACUACGACUUGCAAUCACUCUGGGCAGUAAAGCGAUCGAGUGGCUCCCGCUCCAGAUCGUGCUCCUCCAGCAACAGCCUGAGAAACUCGCAGUCGUGGCUACAAUCAUCCGAGGAUAUCUUUGAUCCUCUCAACUACCACUCUCGCGGUUGGUAA